GUUGUGGACCGGCCGUGCGUGAGGCGACUGCAGGCGCCCUUCCCUCCGCCCGCCAUCCUUUCUUCUUCUUCUUCUUCCCUCACCGCCUCCCAUGGAAGACUCGAUGGACAUGGACAUGAGCCCCCUGCGGCCCCAGAACUUCCUCUUCGGUUGUGAGUUGAAAGCCGACAAAGAUUAUCACUUCAAGGUGGACAAUGAUGAGAACGAGCAUCAGUUGUCUUUGAGAACGGUCAGUUUAGGAGCAGGUGCCAAAGAUGAAUUGCAUGUCAUAGAAGCAGAAGCAUUGAAUUAUGAAGGCAGUCCAAUUAAAGUAACACUGGCAUCUUUGAAAAUGUCUGUGCAGCCUACGGUUUCUCUUGGUGGAUUCGAAAUCACUCCGCCAGUGGUUUUGAGGCUGAAGUGUGGUUCAGGGCCUGUUCAUGUCAGUGGACAGCACCUAGUAGCUUUAGAGGAAGAUGCAGUGUCAGAUGAUGAUGAAGAGGAGGAGGUGAAACUUGGAAAUCUGUCUGGCAAACGACCUGCACCGGGAGUGGUUCCUAAGGUUCCGCAGAAAAAAGCAAAAUUGGCAGAACUGGCAGAGGAUGAGGAAGAUGAUGAUGAUGAUGAUGACGAUGAUGAUGACGAUGAUGAUGAAGAUGAUGACUUUGAGGAAGAAGAGAAGACUCCAGCAAAGAAGUCUGCCCGAGAGACUCCAAAAAAUGCACAAAAGUCAAACCAGAAUGGAAAAGAUUCAAAGCCAUCCACGCCAAAAUCGAAAGGUUCAGAGUCAUUCAAAAAACAAGAAAAAUCUCCAAAAACACCAAAAGGACCUUUAACUGUAGAUGAUGUUAAAGCAAAAAUGCAGGCAACCAUGGACAAGGGUGGUGCCCUCCCCAAAGUGGAGGGCAAGUUUAUCAACUACGUAAAGAAUUGCUUCCGGAUGUCUGAUCAAGAGGCUAUUCAAGAUCUGGCUGUGGAGGAAGUCCCUUUAAAAAAAACUGAACAGUUUGUUAAAAUUUUCAGUCAUAUUUCUGUAACAGUUUAUCUGGCUGUCCUUUUUAUAAUGCAGAGUGAGAACUUUCCCUACCGUGUCUGAUAAAUGUCGUCCAGAUUACUUUGCCAAGAAUGUGUUGUCCAAAAUGCCUGUUUAGUUUUUAAAAGAUGGAACUCCACCCUUUGCUUCACUUUAAGUAUGUAUGGAAUGUUAUGAUAGGGCAUAGUAGUAGUGGUGGUCAGACAAAUGGAAAUGGUGGGGAGACAAAAUAUACAUGUGAAAUAAAUUCAGUAUUUUAAUAAAGUAACAUUGUUUCCUUAUUUCUGUGGGAUGGGGCUGUCUCUGAGCUUGUCUAAAUAUGAAGUGUUUUGAAUUUGAAGCAAAUUCCUAAAAGCAGUUUUUCAAGUUGGUUGUAACUAUUUGAAUACAGAAAACUCUGAGACAGAUGAAAAGUUGAAGUUAUUGGCGAUGAGGGUUAAAAGCAAAUUUGUUAACACAAACUAUAUUAAUGUUAGGCCUGAGAUUUCUCUUUAAAAUGGAGCUGUCUUCAUGCUUUAUAGAAUUAACUAAUUAACCCCCUUUUAGUUCAAUGGGAUGUCCAUCUUCUCUCCCCCCCCCAUCAACUUCUAGCUUAGCCGGAGGGCAGUGUGAGAAAUGUGAAGUUAGACAAAUCUUUUCACAUGUCCGUCCGUCCCCCCCCCCCCCACCUCUUAAAGUAGAUACAACUCAUUCCCUUAGUGGUGUGUCAUUGCCAGGUAGAUCAUUGUGGGUUGCUUGUUGAGUUAGGAUGCCUCCCUUAGUUAGAGGAGCAAAGAAGCUAGCUUGAAGUGCUCAAAACUUUCCAUUACAUUAUCUAAUUGACUCAGUUGCCACCUGUUUUUAACUAAUGGUUGCUGAAACUUCACUGCUUCCUUGGAUAGACCUCUGCUUAAGUUCUGUCGGGGGCGCAGUUGUAUUCCACUGUAAAUAAGGUUCAGAUAGUAUGUCUUAAAUAUUUCUUUUGCAUAACUCAGCCGUCUGUUACAUUUUCAUUUCCAUUCUUGGCUUUUGGACAAACCAAAAGUACCAAUUCAGAAGAACAAAAGCUGAUUUGAAGACCAGAACGGUCCAGCUGUAGACUACUUGGAUGAAUGACCAUCUGUAUUUCUCACAUACCGUCAAAGUGCCGGGAUCUAACAUCUAACUCAAACGGGUGGUUAAAUUGACUAUUUUUAAGGGGUUUGGAGGCCAAAGGGAAAUGAAAUGGGGAAGACUACUUUUCUACUCAGGGAAGGAGCUGGUAGCCAGUCCUUUAAUGCCUGCCCUAGAACAUCUAUGGGUCCUGUACACACAUGAAUUCGUAACCAUGCCUGGGCUUCCCUUUUCUGACCUAGUUUUUCCUCCUAGACUUGCACGUGUUGGUGGGCAUGAUUGGAGCAGGGGUUGGGUUUCAGAUGUUUGAACAGCUGACCAAUACAGCAGUCUCAGGUCUGCCUGUGAAAGGAAAUCCACACCCCAAAGACCCAACUCGAGCUUUCAUUAGCCUAAGGCUAGCAGUGUUAUGGGGCCCAUCCCUAUUACGCUUCAGAAAGUUUUUGUAGCGGAGGCAAAGUAAAAGUGGGACCUCUUUAUUUUCCUGUGGCUCCAGCUUUUGUGUUGGAGCUGGGUAGGGUUGAUCAGGUCCUGUACUCCAUUGCUGAAAGUGAUGCUCACCCUCUAGCAAGUUCAUUCUCAGGACAUGCCAGUACCAUCCUAUCUGAAGUUAAAGGUAUGAACUGGGGGGUAGAUUCAUGUCCCUGGUAUAGAGGUCCAGUGUUUUCUUAUCAGAAGCAGAAGCUGAGUCUUGGAGGUUGGCUGCUGCUUAGAUUUGUGAUGUCAGAGACCUCCCGUUACUGGGUAGCUUCUGUAAGUAAAACCAGGUGAUGGGAGUGAGCUGAGCCUGAAGUCCCAUUAAUGGAGAGAAUACCUGGGGCUGAUGAACCAGGAAGAAAACUUGAACUUGUAAGGCAUCAGCCUUCCCCUGGGGAAGUAGAGUGGCCCAGUGGGUAGAGCAUAGGCCAGAGACUCAGGGCCUGAGUUCUAAUCCUAGCACUACUGUUCAUCUGCCGUUUGGCCAAGUCUGCCUCAGUUUCCUCACCUGUCACCUGUAAAAUGGGGAUUAAGGCUGAGCCCCAUGUGGGCCUAAACCAGUGCUUAGUACAGUGCCUUGCACAUAAGCACUGAAAAAUAGCGUAAAACAUUACCUUGAGCCACCACUCAAUGUAUUUGCUUCUAUUCAAGAUAUUUCUCAGUUUUGGGUUUUUGGUUUUUUUUGCCCGUUACAGACAUCUCAAAUUCCUAAUCUGUCUGGAGGCCUGAGACAAGCUUGUCCUUGUUUAGGAUUUUUCUGGAUGUGAUUGCUGGCUUAGAAAAAUAACUAGGUGUCCAGACCCUUUAUUCUCAUGUCCUUGCAGUAGCCGACCUACCUGUUUGCCAUUUGUCAUGAGUAUAUGGAAUUUAAGUUGGCCACUCAUAUACAUAUCCAUCUUUCCAUUUUUUCUUACUGUCUGUAAUGUGUUGCCUUAUCCCUUAUUAGAUUGUAAACCCCCUGAGGGUUGGGAUUGUAUCUUCUAACCAUUGUACUCAAAUGUUUAGUACAGUGCAUGGCACCCAGGUGCUCAAUAAAUACUAUUACUUGAUUG